CAUUCUGCAUUGUGAUCCAGUGUGGAAUUAGUGUUCAAAUGACAGGUUAUCGCGCUGUGUGUCGGUGUUUAACCUAUACAAGCUGAAUCGUGUUCUUCUUAUUUCUGUAAAACACCAAACGUAUCUUUUAAGACGUUCCAGGACUGUAGUCAAUUAUGGACUUGGAGAAUUGCAAUAAUUCACACGGCGAUCAUGAAAAUACAGGACCCAACACGCCUCAACACGAGAACGACCCCAGCGGGAAUAAAAAAUAUUACCGACAAGCUAGUCAAAGAAUUUUUGUGAAUCGUAGCUUACACCUGGAAAACAUCAAGUUCUAUGGAUUCGAUAUGGAUUACACAUUGGCGGAAUACAAGUCGCCGCAGUACGAGCAAUUGGGCUUCACGUUGCUGAAGGAUCGUUUGGUGUCGUUGGGUUAUCCGCAAGAGAUCAAGGCGUUCGAGUAUGAUCCCAGCUUCCCGGUGCGAGGGUUGUGGUUCGACACGCUUUAUGGAAAUCUGCUCAAAGUGGACGCCUAUGGAAAUAUCCUGGUUUGCGUUCAUGGCUUCGAAUUCUUGAAACAUUCACAAGUGUACGAGCUUUAUCCGAACAAAUUUUUACAAUUGGACGAGUCCAGAGUUUACGUGCUCAACACGCUGUUCAAUCUUCCCGAGACGUAUCUGAUCGCCUGCCUGAUAGACUUUUUUACCAAUUCGCGGCAGUACACGCGGGAAAAGACCGGAGUGAAAGAGGGAGACCUCACGAUGAGCUUCAAGAGUAUAUUCCAGGAUGUUCGAAGCGCGGUCGACUGGAUACAUCUGCACGGCGACCUGAAAACGAAGACCAUCGAGAACUUGGACGAGUAUGUGAAAAAGGACGAGAGGCUGCCGAUGUUUCUGAAUAGGAUCCGAGAGAGCGGGGCGAAAGUGUUUCUUCUAACGAAUAGCGAUUACGUUUUUACCGAUAAGAUUAUGACUUAUCUCUUCGACUUCCCGCAUGGAGCUAAACCGGAUGAACCACAUCGAAGUUGGAAUACGUAUUUUGAUACUAUCGUAGUAGACGCGAGAAAGCCAUUGUUUUUCGGCGAGGGUACCAUUUUGAGACAGGUAGAUACAAGAACUGGUGCUUUGAAGCUUGGCACCCACAAGGGUCCACUUCACACAGGUGAAGUUUAUUCAGGCGGUUCAUGCGACGUCUUCACUGAACUAAUAGGGGCGAAGGGAAAAGAUGUAUUAUACGUCGGCGAUCACAUUUUCGGUGAUAUCCUGAAAAGUAAAAAAAUCCGUGGCUGGAGAACAUUUUUAAUAGUGCCUGAACUAGUUCAAGAGCUUCACGUUUGGACAGAUAAAUGUCAAUUAUUCGCUGAAUUACAAAGCUUAGAUGUUAUGUUAGGGGAAAUGUAUAAAAAUUUAGAUAGCAGCACAAAAGAAAAACCUGACAUUUCUAAGCUUCGGGCGUCCAUAAGAGACGUCACGCACAAAAUGGAUCUAUCUUACGGUAUGAUGGGUUCCCUGUUUCGAAGUGGAAGCAGACAAACCUUCUUUAGUAGUCAAGUAGUAAGGUACGCUGACCUCUACGCGGCAACCUUCUUAAACUUAAUCUAUUAUCCAUUUUCGUACAUGUUCAGAGCACCCGCCAUGUUGAUGCCUCACGAAAGUACCGUAGCUCACGAGCAGAGAUUUGUAAUGGAAACACCAAUGAUCAGUCGAUCGCGAACCUUUAAACUUACCGACGAAGAAGAAGAACCGAGCAAACCAUCCAAAACAUUAUACGUGGAUUGUGUCAACAAUCAAAUACCACAUGCGAGGCCUGAAACUCCAAGGAAUGUAACGCAUACGCACGAUGAAGAUUGUAGCGAUGAAGACAGCGACUCUCAAAAGCAGGCGAAUCAUGUAAGAUCAUGUUCAACGCGUGCUAAUUGUAAAUGA